UUUUUUCAGAUCAUGUUUCUUCAGGGAAUGAUAAGACAAUAAGUCAUGAAAUCAGGACGCAUCGUGUGGGCGUUAGUGUGGGCGUUGCUGGGUGUGGGAGUGGGCGGAGACGGGAACAAAGGAGGAAAAGACGAUAAAGAGUGUAAGGCAAAAACACUAUGGGUUGAGAAGACCGAAUUUCGAAACAUCCCGGAAGAAAAGUUUCUGAGAACGAACGCAUAUUACGACGCCCCUCAAGUUAUGACCAAGUUGUUGCUGUCUACGAAGUCUAUACCUUACUUCGUCACACAAACGCAAAUGGUUCCCCAGUUUAUGACUCGCCUUGCAACAUUGCCUCAGUACAUCACUCACACCGUCUUUAAGACAUUCAUAAGAUCCAUCACCAAGACUGUCAAGACUUAUCACACAAUAACAGCAGUCAGGACGCAGAAAUUCUACUCGACUGUGUGUCCUUAUAACCAGCACUAGCAUUUACUUGUAUUAACUGCAGUCUUCUACAUUCUUCUUUAGUCUACCAUAAUAUUUUUAUCGUUUUCUUUCAUAUUUUUUCAAAGAAAACAAAGGAUGAAAAUAAUUGUAUUAUUUUAAUUGAACGGUAAAAAAGAGGAACAUGUCUUUUGGAUCUUUAUAUUGUGAAGUAUGUUUUAUUUUGGGUAUUUUAUAUGUAUAUGUAAGUGUAAUAUACAAAUAAUAUAAGGUAAACUUGGCUAAUUUUAUCUUAUGAAUAUGUUAUAUUCAACAAUAUG